AUGACCAUAGCGAAAGAGACUACUCAGCGUUCCACAACGGCCCCAAGCCAGUCUCAAACUACAACAGGUGCUCCUGGUCGCAGUCUCCUCCAGAUAUCUAUUGUGAUGUCAUGUCUUUGCGCCGGAACAUUCGUGGCUGCAUUAGAUGCCACUAUCGUCACUACCUCUUUGCCUUCUAUUGCUGGCCAUUUCCACUCAGCUUCCGGCUACACUUGGAUUGGCAGUGCUUACAUACUGGCCAACACCGCCUCCAUUCCCUUGUGGGGGAAACUGUCCGACAUAUGGGGAAGGAAACCGCUUCUGCUUUGCGGAAAUGCAAUCUUCUUUGCAGGCAGUUUGAUCUGCUCUGUGGCCAACACAAUGGCGUUGUUUCUGUUUGGCCGUGUUAUGCAAGGCCUGGGUGCGGCAGCGCUGAUGACAUUGGUCAAUAUUUGUGUCUGCGACUUAUUCUCUCUCAGAGAUCGUGGCCUAUAUUUUGGUCUGCUGUCCGUAGACUGGGCUUUAGCUAGCGGAAUUGGUCCUAUAUUGGGCGGCGUGCUAUCGGAGAAGGCAACCUGGAGAUGGUGCUUCUGGAUCAAUUUACCAAUCACAGGACUUGCAUUCCUAUUGCUCUGGUUAGCCCUCAAACUCGACAACCCACACACACCAAUCUGGGACGGUCUCAAGGCCGUCGACUGGAUCGGCUCAUUAUUCGUAAUUGGCAGCAGCAUCAUGCUACUCCUCGCCCUAGACUUCGGCGGCGUCACUCACCCCUGGGACUCAGCAACGGUCAUCUGCCUAAUCAUCUUCAGCAUCGUAGUUCUGGGUUUAUUCGCCCUGAACGAGUGGAAACUCGCCAAAUACCCCGUAAUACCACUAACCCUCUUUCAGCACCGAUCCGGCAUCGCCGCAUUCGUCGUCUGCUUCUGCCACGGAUUCAUCUUCAUGGGCGAGGCAUACUACCUACCGCUGUACUUCCAAGCUGUCCUCGGCGCCAGCCCAAUCAUGUCCGGGGUCUAUCUAUUAGCCUUCGUCAUCGCCUGCACAUUCUCGGGGGCCUUUACGGGCCUCUUCAUCCAGAAAACAGGCCAAUAUCUUCCCCCGAUGUGGCUCGGCCUUGGCCUGUUAACCCUCGGAGUGGGACUCCUCAUCAACCUAGAAGCAACAGCCAACUGGGGCAAGAUCAUCGGAUUCCAAAUCAUCUCAGGUACAGGCAUAGGCAUGAACUUCGAAGGGCCACUGCUCGCUCUGCAGGCGAUUGUUGGUGUCGCGAACACCGCUACAGCCACCGCUACAAUCGGGUUCGUGCGGACUAUGUCGACAGCGAUCUCGGUGGUUAUCGGGGGAGUCGUGUUCCAGAACCAGAUGGUGAAGGAGGGCGCCAAGCUCGUGCAAUCCCUGGGUGGUGAGCUGGCUGGUCAGUUUGGAGGUGCGAAUGUCACGGCCAAUAUACAGCUGAUUCUGACACUUCCCUCGGAUCAGAGGGAGGUGGUCCGGCAGGCGGUGUUUGCCUCCUUGCGGACUACAUGGAUUAUGUAUGUUGCUUUUGCGGGAGUCAGUCUUGUUGCUGGGUUCUUUGUUGGCGCUCAUCAUCUGUCGGAGGAACAUGAGAUGGCGGUUUUGGGGCUGCACGGUCAGAGUGGUGACUCCUCGGAGGAUACUACUAACAAUACUCCAGCUACUCGGACCAUGGAGAUGCAUUAA